AUGACGGCGCUGGUGGCGACGGCGGCUCCGCUUCGGGGAGGUGGGCGGAGGGAAGGGAAGGCGGGGCCGGAGAGGAAAGAGGAAGAGGAAGGAACGCGCCUGGCGUCACUGAGGGUGUCACCCGGGACCGCGGCUCAGGUGCCCAAGCUUCUCCGCGAGCCCAGCGCUGCCGCUGGGCGGCCGUCGCGGGCGCGGGGAUCCUGGGUCGCUCCGCCUUGCCCCACACGCCCCACGCCCCACGCCCCGGGACUUACACCUGGGGUCGCUCCCCGCACGCGCGGGCCUCGCGCGGGUGCCACCGCAGCGCCCCCUGCAGGCCGGCGCCGAGCUGGCCCCGGCCUGAGGCUGGCCCGGAGUUCCGUGGCCCCAGUGCCGGCCCCGCGACUGCUGCUCCGGCCCAGCCAGGCUGCCUUCGUGUUGAGGCGAAAGGACUGGGCCUCAGUGGGUGAAGGGACCGGGUGGCCCGCUCCCACCUAGGGCAGAGGCUCGAUCGGCCGCGGCGAGGCUGGGCCCGGCAUUACUGGGAGGGGAACUUGAGAGCCGCGGGUUGAUGUACGGAGCUCAGGCAACGACUGACCACCCACCCUUCCUCGAAGAGGAACAAUGGCUUGGGUUUGGUUUUUAAUUUUUGAUUCCCCCACCGCCCCUUUCUUGAUUCCAAAGGAAAUAUAGCAUUCAAGCUCCAUGUCUGUUGGGAAUAUAUAAUUCCUUGGCAAAGAAAGAGGAAACAUUUGUCUGAUAAACACAAGAAUCUCAAUAAGAAUUGCAUUAUCGAGAACUCUUCCCACUGAAAAGUUCACUGAAGUAGGGAAGAGGAAAGGGAAAAUAGGGGACCCCACACGCAUGGGCCUUGUGCUGUCGUUGCCGUGGCACCCCUUCUAGAAGGUAGAUAUUUUUCCUCCUGACAAACACUACAACCUUUAUGAAAAUAUUUCACUCUUUUGCUUUAAUUUCCAUUACUGCUAUAAGUGAAAAAAGGAUGAAGGAUUGAAUGAAUAGGAUUGAACCAUCUACUAGGCACUGUGCUUGUAAAUUUAGAUAUGUAUUUUUUUCUAUUUAAUCCUAACAAUAACUCCAUGGGAUAUUUUUCUUAUCCCUAUUUUAUCUGUGAAGAAACUAAUGUUUAUAGAGCUCAAGUAAUCUUAGUAAAAAUCAUGAACCUGGAAUUAGCAGAACCAGCGGUCAAACCAAGGUUUAUUUAGCUCCAGACCGUUGCUUUACUAUAAACUAUACUGGGUUAAUUUACAUUUUUCUUCAUAAAGCUAUGCUAGUUAUGAUUUACUAUCUUGCUGUCAAAAGAUUUUCAGUUUUUCAUAUUUAGAAUUUGUUCCAGUAUACUUUACAAUGGUAGAUCUCAGAGUUUUUGAAAUGUAGAUUUGUGGGCCCAAACCCUGGACCUACUGAUUCAGAAGCGGUGGAGAUAGGGCCCUACAGCAACCUCUCCAGGCAAUUCUGAUGCGUGGGAAAGUUUGAGGACCACUGCUUUUGAAUAGCAGAGUUAAGCUGAAUUGGUUCAUUCUCUUACUUUGGAAGACGAUGGUCCUUUCUUUCAGAACAUCUCUUCAAUCUUUUACAGACGAAUAAAAGUGAUAUUUUGUAGAUUUGUGAUUACAGUGUCACAAAUGCCAAUUAUGAUGUUUCCUAUGUCAACUCAGAUUCUUUGAGGUGUACUGUUGAUGCAGAUGCUGAGGCCAAGUCUGUGUUCAGUGAGAAAGAGCGGGUAAUUGAAUUAAUCUCUGCUGCAUAUGUGGAAGUAAAAUAAUACGUGUGUUACUAUUUGUCGUCCCCAACUUAGGACUCUAUUCUUUAUAACAGAAGUGGGAGCCUUGGACAACUGAACACCUAUCUCUAGCUCAAGAAAUGUCAGCUCUUUUUUUUUUUUUUUUGAGACUGUCACCCAGUCUGGAGUAAAGUGGCGCCAUCUUGGCUCUCUGUAACCUCCACCUCCUGGGUUCAAGCGAUUCUCCUGCCUCAGCCUCCUGAGUAGCUGGGGCUACAGGUAUGCACCAUCACUCCUGGCUAAUUGUUGUAUUUUUAGUAGAUAAUGGGGUUUCACCAUGUUGGCCAAGGUGGUCUCAAACUCCUGACCUCAGGUGAUCUGCCUGCCUCGGCCUCCCAAAGUGCUGGGAUUACAGACGUGAGCCACCAUGCCCGGCCAAGAAAUGUCAAUUCUUUAUUGUAGCUUGGCUUUCCAUAUUUCUCACCAGGCUUUUUAUUUUCUAGUUCGUAAAUCAUAUUUGGCGUUUGUAGAUCACUCCUUCCCUUUUAGUGGCAUUCUCUAUUAGGUGUCUGUCUCCCAAUAUGAAGAAACAGUUUUCUUCUUUUUCCUCCUUUAUCUGAUCCAUUUACAGAUUUAUUAUAUUUGUAAUAGGCUAGGUAUUGGGGAUACAAAAAUGAAUAAGAUAUGGUCUGUUCUCAAAGGUAUGCAGAAACUUUUCUAUAUAUUCCUACUGACUUGUAUUUAUAUUUCUUGAAUUAAAAAAAAAUCCUGGCUGUGUUUUUUUUGUUUUUUGCUCUUAGUGAAUCUUUGUUUCUUCUUUUCAUUAUGGCAUUCCAAUUGAGUUUCACCACUCAUUAUCAUGAGAAUAAAUAAUUUCACUGACUUUAAUAAUAUUUGAUCACUUAUGUUGAUGUCAUUUAGCUCUCUUUACAUUUCAGUGGUCUAAAACACAACUAAGACACUAAAAGAAAAAUAAAAGAUGAGAUUAUUAGGCAAAUAAUUACCGCAUAGUCAACUCAUGAACAAUAAUAGUGCAUGCACCUACAGGAAAUUCUCUGAUUGUCACAUAAACUAUUUGGCUAUUGUUCCAGACAUGCUGUAAUUUCUGUAGUUACACACUUAUCUAGCUCACAGCAGAUUAGAAACUAUGAAUAACAAGGCAAGGGAAGGAAAUGCUGUUAAUAUAGGUAGUUUGAGAGGAGCAAUCUCUAUUAGUUGGCAGAAUAAGCACAGGAAAAACAAGAAAA